CUGUUUUAUGGGCCGUAACUGGUGAGGGAUGGCCCAAUCCUAGUUGUACAAUGCAACGAAACUUAAUUUCUUGUGGGCAAAUGCAAUAAACACAGCAGAAGGCAGUCGACACCGUUCAAGGCCCCGAGUGCAAGGCACCGCGGAAGCAAGCGGCUCAAGCAAUGGACAAGGUCGGACAUGCCGGACGAAUCAACGCCGAUCGCCUCCGCGAAGCACUCUUCGUCACCGGGGCAAAAAACCUCUCCAGUUGUUCGUUAACGAAAACGCCUACAUGCCUCAGUAUCUUCAAGACUUUCGAUCCCUCGGCCAGUAUAUAAAACCACAGCAAACCAGAAUUUGGGCCUUCUAUUUAUCUGUGUCUUUCCAUUAUUGCAAGUAUAAGCGGGGGAUGAAAACCAAUUUUACAUAUUUGCUGAUGAUUGCAUUCCAAGAUGUUUCAGAUGAGAUAGAAGAAGAUCCUACGGGUGGGAGGAUCAAGUGGGAGCAGGGAAAGUUGAAUAGAGCUCCGAAUAAGGUGGAAGAAAUUGUACAAUUUCAUGUUGGUGAUGUGGUCACAUACUUUCAAAAGGCGUCUCUUCUACCAUGUGGUGGAGAGUACAUUGUAUUUUGAACAGUUAUGGGUUGUGUUGGGACAUUACAUGCCUUCACUUCACGGGGUGAUGUUGAUUUCUAUUCUCAUCUGGAGAUGCAUAUGAGGCAGGAUCCCCUACCUUUGUGUGGAAGAGACCACAUGGCCUAUAGAUCUGCUUAUUUUCAUGAUAAGGUACCUACCUAAUCAAUUUUAUGUUUUUUGUUCUUUCUAUUAAUGCAAGAAAAAUGUUGGAGUUAGCUGUACACACGCUUCAACUGUCAUUUAGAGAAAACAUGGUAAUUUUGUAUAAAUUGUUUGGGUUAGGAGGAUCUUGCCUUCUUAGAAAUUGGAAUGAUAAGUUUGCACUCUAUCUCUAGCUUGCUGCAGUAGUCGUGUGUACUAUGAUGAUUUUUUUUGACCGAAUAAUCAAUGGCUUGCUGCUCAUCA